CAAAGACUCUUGGAGAACUCGGGUCUACGUUACUACGUUACUGUUUAUUACUGCUAUUCCAAACUUGUAUAAAUACGAACAAAGUUCAUUUCCAACCUUUUCUUUUUCCAUUCAUUUCCUUUCCUCCAUUUACUUCAUUGCCUUCCCUUCUCUCUUUACUGCCUUUCAUCUCUUUUCUUCAAGCAUUCGAUUCAAAAACACACCAUGAGCCUCACUACUGUCCAACAGGUCAAGCACUUUGGUGGCACGCUCACCAAGUAUUCGCACGAGUCCAGUACGACUCAAUGUACUAUGCGCUUCAACCUCUUCUUGCCCAGGGCCGUUGAACAACAUGCCAAGGUUCCUUUGCUUUACUGUCUUGGAGGAUUGACUGCGACCGAGGAUAAUUUCCCCCAAAAGUCAGGAUUUGGCGCCAAGGCUGCUGAGCAUGGAAUAGCUUUGGUCUUCCCUGACACUUCGCCUCGCAACGUUGGAGUUGCUGAAGCUGAAGACGAUAAUUGCGUUGGAUACAGCGCUGGAUUCUACUUGAAUGCUACUCAGGCUCCCUGGGAGAAGAACUGGAGGAUGUAUGAUUACAUUGUCAAGGAACUUCCUCAACUCCUUGAAAAUAACUUUCCAAUUGAUCCUUCGCGCACUUCGAUCAUGGGUCAUUCAAUGGGAGGACAUGGUGCUUUGACUAUUUUCUUGAAGAAUCAAGAUCGUUACAAGUCUGUCUCGGCCUUUGCUCCUAUUACGAAUCUUUCAAGGUCUCCUUGGGGUCUCCAUGCCUUGUCUCGUUACCUGGGUGAAGAUCGCUCCACCUGGGCCGAAUAUGACGCAGUCGAAUUGUUGAAACACCUUGCAGGCGAGAAAAAGUUACGAAACGAUGUCAAUUUUUUGAUUGAUCAGGGUACUGGAGACGAAUAUCUGAACCCAGAUCACCUUCACACCUAUGACUUGGUUGAAACAGUCAAGAAGCUCGGAUUGACAAGUCAGUUUGACAUCCGUUUCCACGACGGUUACAGCCACGGAUACUAUACUAUCAGCACAUUUAUUAAUGACCAUAUUGAACAUCAUGCCAAAGCUCUUGGUGUUUAGAUCAAAAUUCAAAUAAUUCAGUUCCAGAUUAAUUUGGAGAAAAC